AUGGAGUUUGCGACCUAAUAAAAUCCGUUGCAUCUUCCCUGUUUUAGAAACAUAUCGUUUAUCAAUUUUUAAAGAACGGGCAUGUAAGAUAUUAGUUAUUGUUAGUUAUUAGUUAACGAUAUCCCAGAUUAUUAUUAUUUUUUUGUCGAAUCGAUGCGGAUUUAAAAAAAAAAGUGCUCCCAAGUAGCGGAGGGACAAAAGGACAUUCGAGCCUGAUGAUGAGAAAGGGGGGAGUCUCUGUCCCGGAGAAAGUCCUAAUUGCAGGGGUCGGGGGCUCCUCCAUGGACAAAAACCGCACAGUUCUGACCCAGUACACCAAUGCGCCGUAUUAUCAGAUCUUAACCCCUCCGCCAUGUCCGAACCAGACUAACAAUGUCGGUGUCCCAGACCCGACCGACAGUCAGCUAUACACUACCCCCAUCGGGGUGUCUACAAACGGGACCGGACAGCGACCACCCCUCGGAAGACACCCGGCGAAGCGUCGGUUGGAGCUGGAGGAGAGUGAUCAGCAGUACACCAGUGAGACUAACAGAGGCUCCAGAGCCACCAGGCACUCCCUCAGAGGACCCAAGCCUACCCCCUCCCCGUUAGAGAAGAGCAGGUAUGACGCAUCUCUAGGCCUCCUGACCCAGAAGUUUGUCCAGCUGCUGGCCCAGUCCAGUGACGGGGUGGUGGACCUGAACCUGGCCGCGGAGUCCCUCAAGGUGCCGAAGAGACGUCUCUAUGACAUCACCAACGUCCUGGAGGGGGUGCAUCUCAUCAAGAAGAAGUCCAAGAACAACAUCCAAUGGAUGGGCUGUAGCCUGUCUCCAGAGGGAGUGGCCAGGGUCCAGACCCGUGUCUCUGUGGGUAAAGAGCUGCUGGAGUUGACCCAGGAGGAGAAGAGACUGGAUGAACUCCUACACAUCUCUACAUGCAUCAUCCAACAGAUGACUAAAGACACACCCACAAGGAAGUUUGCAUACAUAUCGUAUGAGGAUGUGAAGAGGAUUCCUAGUCUGAAGGACCAGACGGUCAUUGUGGUCAAAGCCCCUGCUGAAACCAGACUUGAGGUGCCAGACCCUGCAGAGAGUCUCCAGGUCCACCUGAGCAGUACCCAGGGUCCAAUAGAUGUCUCCCUAUGCUCUGAUGACCACGCCCCCUCCACGCUGAACAACGUGGCACUGAAUGGAAACGGACAUCCUUCUUCAUCGUAUGUCAAUGGAAACUCCUCUUUGUCCGUCCUCAAGGUGUCACAAGGGGGUAAUAACUCCACUGAUAACGCCAGUAUCAGUUUCUCCAACGCCCUGUCCAGGCUCCCAGCAUGCUCAGCAGUGACAGUGACCCCGGUCUCCCUCCUCCACCUCCAGGAUGUCGACCAGGAGCCCUUUGUCUCCCUCUCUCCCUCCCUCCUCUUUGAGGAGGACGACUACAUGCUCAGCCUGGGGGAAGACGACUUGUUGUCCUACGACCUGGACCAGCUUCCACUUGAAGACCUGCUCUGUAACUGAGUGAAAUGGAAACUCAGCGGCCAUUUUGGGGAUUUUGAUUUUUGAGGCAUGUUAUUGACCAGAUUUAUGGCCCAAAUGUGAUCAUUUACAGUAUAAUCAACGGUUGUAUCCUAUAGCCCAGUGGUUUCAUCAGCUCUAGCUCAGCAGCCAUUUUGGAGCAAUGGUUUUUCUUGACAUUCUAGACUGCAUCGCUCAUAGAGGACCUGCUGUGUAAUUGACAUUGAAUGUGAAAAUACAUGUUUUGUUUUUUUUGGUAUAGAUUUGAUCGAAGGAAGUAAGACUAUGUUGCCAUCCGGACAAAUGUGGCAGGCCAGCACAAACACAAACUGUCUAGAGGGGAGAAUUCUGUGGCUGAACAAACAGACAAACCCCUUCUCAAAGCCUUGUUUUUCUGAUUUGACCUGCGCUGACAGGCAAACCAACAUUCAAUCACUCACUCCCCAUAGCAGACCGUUAUGUCUUCUUGAUGAACUGUUCUCGUCUGUAAACACAGAUUGUCCCUAAACAGAGAUGGGUUAUGGGUAUUAACCUCUGGACACAGAUUCUUACCCAUCUCUUCCGUUGUGUGACUGUUAUCUGUCAACUUGUGUUUUAAUAAUGUGAUGUAGUGGAACCUACCCGGCUAGGUCCUGGUUCUCGGGUUCACAAGAAGCGAGCAGACCUGAUAUCUAGGCCCCAGGAUGGUGAGGUCUGCCUGGAUGUCGAUGGUACGUGAGUCCCCUGGUCUUCCACAUGGAGCCUUCUGACCCAAUACUGGGAGAUACUCACUGGUAUUGUUAGGAUAACCAGAGUAUGUAGUGAAAGAUGCCCCUGGGUUUGCAUUCCAAAUCGCACCCUAUUCCCUAUAUAGUGCACUACUUUUGAUCAGGGCUCUGUUCAGAAGUAGUGCACUAUACAGGGAAUGGGGUGCCAUUUGGGGUCAAAAGUAUGUAGGGAAUGGGGUGCUAUUUGGGGUCAAAAGUAUGUAGGGAAUGGGGUGCCAUUCAGGGUCAAUUGUAGUGCACUAUAUAGGGAACGGGGUGCUAUUCGGGGUCAUCAUUUUCCUACACACUUGCUGUAUUUUUAUUUGUAUCUAUUUUUGGGGAGUGUGUGUGUAAUAUUGGUUGUUUGUUCCCUACUGCCACCCGUAGCCUCUGCUGAUUCCUGUAUAUUGAAGCAAUGUUCCUCCUUACCACCAGUAAAACACACACCACCAUGCACGCAGACAAGCCCCUCAUCUUGUUUCAGCCACUGUAGCCAUGCCACCAGCCAUUACUUAUUGACUAGCGUUAUGAACCAACUCCUUCAUGUUCGUUUCUCAGGGCUUUUUACUUUAAAUACAUGUUGCUUUGUUCAAA